GGAAAUUGCCCAGUUGCAGAGGCAUCACCGACAGGUUGUAUUAUACUGGUAAGUGAGUCCAUUUAAGGAUACUUAAUUUUGUGGAACUGCGCUGCUGGAAACGUUCCUGUGUAUCAGUUCAUUUGCACGUACCAGCACCUGGAACGAACACGUACCAUAAAGAAAGGAGCAGAGAUAUAGUUAAAAUCAUGUUGAUCAGCAACCCAGAAUUCAAAACGUCGGCUUGUUGUGUUCUGAUAUUAACUAUAAUCGUGGCUAACGGAGCAGCCGGAGCUGCAUUGGAAAGGCAAUUUGAUGAUCGAUCGACAAACGAAAUGCAUCAAGAUUGGCGUCAGCCUUUGCCGACAGUUAAACGGUCAGUUGCUUUGAUUAAUAAGCUUGUGAUGGUUGCUCAGCGUGCAAACAACUACAAGCCACGACAUCAACAGCAAUAUCCGUUGAGUGUGCAUCAAUCAAGUCAAUCACAGGGUUUUAAUGAGAUAACCCAACACCGAGAAGCCGACCAAUUAUCAAAACACUCAGCUGAAAGCACGAACGACGACCCGUUUACCCAACAGAAAGCUUUUGCGCUGCCUCGCAUCGCAUUUGAACGGCGCGGGCAAUCACAGCGAGUCUUCUGGCGAUGCUACUUCAACGCAGUUUCCUGCUUCCGCUAAUAUUUCCGCAAAUAAUGAUUCCUGCUUCUAUCUGAAAAACGCAAAAUGCAAAAUGCAAACAAAAAAUAUAUAUAUAAGUAAUUAACAAAGACAUACCUUCGACAAAUAAACGUUACAAGUCCUGUGUCCCGCAAGGCCAGUAUUGCGAUGAAGUCAAACUGUUUACCUGUUGGCACUUUCAUGACGUCCUUUUAAAACUAUUUUCGUGGUCUUGUGAAAAUGGAUAUACCAGCAUAACAAUUGUAUUCCGGCAAAAAUACAAUGAAAAAUAGCACAG